AGGGUAGAGAAAGCUGAUCAGAGAAGACACCUGAACGCCUCACAAUACAAAACAUAACACUUUGCCAUAAUGAUGAUGAUGAUGAUGAAGAUCUGUGUCGUCUUUCUGCUGUGUGUUGCCUCAGGCAUCGCACAGACAACCACAGUGGCCCCUGCAGCAGUUACCACAGUGGCCCCUGCAGCAGUUACCACAAUGGCCCCAGCAGCAGUUACCACAAUGGCCCCAGCAGCAGUUACCACAAUGGCCCCUGCAGCAGUUACCACAGUGGCCCCAGCAGCAGUUACCACAGUGGCCCCCGCAGCAGUUACCACAAUGGCCCCUGCAGCAGUUACCACAGUGGCCCCAGCAGCAGUUACCACAGUGGCCCCUGCAGCAGUUACCACACGUGGCCCCAGCAGCAGUUACCACAGUGGCCCUGCAGCAGUUACCACAGUGGCCCCUGUAGCAGUUACCCACAGUGGCCCCAGCCAGCAGUUUACCACAGUGCCCUGCAGCAGUUACCACAGUGGCCCCUGCAGCAGUUACCACAGUGGCCCCAGCAGCAGUUACCACAGUGGCCCCAGCAGCAGUUACCACAGUGGCCCCUGCAUGCAGUUACCACAGUGGCCCCAGCAGCAGUUACCAACAGUGGGCCCCAGCAGCAGUUACCACAAUGGCCCCUGCAGCAGUUACCACAGUGGCUCCUGCAGCAGUAACCACAGUGGCCCCUGCAGCAGUUACCACAAUGGCCCCUGCAGCAGUUACCACAGUGGCCCCAGCAGCAGUUACCACAGUGGCCCCUGCAGCAAAGACCACAUUGGCCCCUGCCAAAACAACAAUGGCUCCAGUCAAAACCACAAUGGCCCAAGGAGUGAUCCCUGUGGCCCCUGCAGCUGCCACGGCGGCCUCCUCUGCAGCGGUCAUCAGAACCUGCUUCCUGUCAGUGGUUGCAGCUCUCACUGCGGCUUUGAGUUAAGAACUGGAACAAGAGACUCAAAACACACACUGAGUAUUUAUGAAGGAUUUAACUUAACCUGUAAUGUAUUAUUCAUUGUUUCAUAAUUGAUCAUAUACCUAAGUGGAUGUCUUGCAUUUGAGCAUUCUUUGACUGAUCUUGCUCUAAACACACAUGUAUUUUAUAACAGACCUUAUUAUGCACUGAUUGACUUUAAAGUUUUAAAUUCAAAGAACGGAAGUGUACCUCUUUUUUUUAAUGCAGGAUGAUAGUUGUUUGUCAUAAAAAAAGCGUGUUGUACCUGUAUAAUGGCAUUGCGUGAAACACUUGAUAUGUUUUAGUUUAGGCUACAGAGAAGUGUCAUGAACAGAUUGUCUCCAUGUUCAAUGCCGUACCAAAGCUGUGUCUGACAGAUCAAUAAGUAUAGGAGGCAUGUUGCGCAGUGGGUUGUGCGUAGGUGUUGGGAUCAGGGGGUCACAGGUUCAAACCUGAAGAAAACCUUUUGCUUUUGGCUAAAAUAUAUAACUAUAUCAACAAAAUCACCCGCUACAUC